GAGAAGGAGGAAGAAAAAGAAGAGAAAGGAAAUUUUGGAGUGAAGAAUAUGUGUUAUCCUUAAGAGAUAGCAUGAUAUGCCAUUACUUUUGACAUCAUUAUAUUUUUAGGAGGGAUCAUGUUUAAAUUGUCAGUUCUUAAAAAGGAUUGGUGGACAUUCUUGGCUGAGAGUCUUCAUUACAUACAAGGUUUGGUGUUUUCUCUUAGCCCAGUCACACACCAGACGCUAACCAGAAAGAACAAUUCUGAUUGUCCUUGUGACUGCCUCCCUGUGUCCUGGUCUGAAGAGUCUUGUCAGGUUGUAGCCCUAGGUAAGAAGUGUGCAGGAAGAGAGUCAGCAGGGCAACUCCGGUCUGUGUUUGGCGGGUGCUGGCAGGGAAGCAGGUCCCAGGGAAGUGAUGUUCAACUGAGACCUGAAGGGUGAUCAGGUUAGCCAGGAUUAGGAGGGAACAGAGGAGGAGGCGAGGGGACAGCUGGCGCCAAUGCUCAGGGUACUAAAGGAACUCCCAAGACAGCUUGUAUUUAGAGAACAAGGGAGGAGUAGAACAAGGUGAAGCUGGAGAUGGUCGAAGCAAUAUCUGAUUGUGUCCUUCCCUGAAGGCUCAGAAAUGUUUGACGCUUCCUUGUUGCCCUCAGACUAAAGUCCACAUGUCAGGUAAUGAAGGUUUUCCUUAAUGAGCCUCAUCCUCCUUUAAAGCCCCUUUCCGUGGUGUCCUAUUUAUUUUCCACAUACCCCAUGUUUUAGCCAUACUUGCCUUUAUUCUCUAACUUGAAUGUCUUUGUACCUUUCUCUGACUGUUGUCGGCUAAAAUAUAGUUCCCCACCUUUUUUCAGUAAGGCCCAGCUUAAUGUCAUUGGUUUUUUUGAAGCACCUUCCCUGCUGCCUGAAAUCAAAGAGAAUGUCUUCUCUGUGGUUUGAUAAUACUUUUGUCAUUUCUGUUACUCUAAUUAUCCCAUCCUGACUUGUCUGUGGUUGUAUAUAUUAAUAUGUAUAGCUUCCACACUAACUGUAGGCACGUGAAGGCAAAGCUUUUAUUUGGUUUGUAGCUUAGACCUAGUUGCAGUAGAGGAUCUUUGAAUUUUGGUGGAAUUGCAUCAAACAGGUAAGUGGCAGCCCGGAAUUUAGAAGUAUUCGUCUGUGUGGGGCGUCUCAUUCCUAGAGAUAAAACAUUGAAUGGGAUGUUCUACUGUGUUCUGUGUAUACACGAGUUGUUUUGGAUAAACAGACUAUGGGAAAUUGUUGAAGUUCCCUGGAUUGAGAAGAAGGAUGAGAUUCAAGGUUGAAAGAAGUGAAACUCACCUUCUUUGUACCAUUAUUACUUUAAAGUUCAGCAUCAGAUGUCUUUAUUGGGAUCCUUUCUACUUUGUACAGAGCAUCUGUUAAGAACAUCUUCAACCAGCCGGCCUGCUUCCCUCCCAAGAGUGCCUGCGAUGGAAAGUGCCAAGACCCUCUCAGUGUCCCGACGAAGUAGUGAAGAAAUGAAACGGGACAUUUCUGCACAGGAGGGAGCGUCGCCAGCCUCUCUGAUGGCUAUGGGAACCACGUCUCCACAGCUUUCCUUAUCCUCUUCUCCAACAGCAUCUGUGACUCCCACCACCCGAAGCCGAAUAAGAGAAGAAAGGAAAGACCCUCUCUCAGCAUUGGCCAGAGAAUAUGGAGGAUCAAAGAGGAACGCCUUGCUGAAGUGGUGUCAGAAGAAAACAGAAGGCUAUCAGGUCCUGCUGAAGCACACACCUGUGGACCACCCAGACUGCCUACCAGUACAGGAUGCCCUCCGCAUCUCCCAGGACUUGUUUCUGGCAUCAGUGCGGACAUUGACCCCACUGUACUGCAGUCACAAUGGACUCCCGAUGGGGAGUACUGGGCAGAGGACCUGAAGACAUGAGGUUGAUGCACAGGUCAAAGAGAAGAUACUCACCAUCGCUGAUUCACACAAAAGCGUUUCUCCAAGUGGU